ACUUCCUGCCACCCCUGCCUUUUACCAUGAGCAACCCCGUUCGUCUUUCUUUUCGCUCAUCAUGGCGGACCGGUUCAAUAAGGUUCUGCUGAUAGAUGGCAGGGGUCAUCUAUUGGGCCGGCUGGCUGCCAUUGUGGCUAAACAAGUUCUGCUGGGGCACAAAGUGGUUAUAGUGAGAUGUGAAGGCAUCAACAUUUCUGGCAACUUCUAUCGCAACAAGCUGAAGUACCUGGCUUUCCUGCGCAAGAGGAUGAACACCAACCCGUCUCGUGGGCCGUAUCAUUUCAGAGCUCCCAGCAGGAUCUUUUGGAGGACAGUUAGAGGCAUGUUGCCCCACAAAACCAAGAGAGGCCAGGCUGCUCUGGAGAGGCUGAAGGUGUUUGAUGGCAUCCCACCUCCCUAUGACAAGAGAAAGCGCGUGGUUGUGCCAGCUGCUCUUAAAAUUGUGCGGCUGAAGCCCUCUCGCAAGUUUGCUCUCCUUGGGCGUCUCGCCCACGAGGUCGGCUGGAAGUACCAGGCUAUCACAGCCACUCUGGAGGAGAAGAGAAAAGAGAAGGCCAAGCUCCACUAUGUCAAGAAAAAGACAUUGGUUAAGCUAAGCAAGCUGGCAGAGAAGAACGUGGAGGGCAAGAUCGCAAAAUACACAGAUGUUCUGAAACAAUACGGUGUUCUUGUCUAAAAUGGUUUGUUCUGGCGAAUAAAGAUGAAUAAAUGUUUAUAAAAAGUG